AUGCAUGGGCGUCUACUUCAUGUGGAGAAGUCCACAACCUGGGUGGCACUCAGCAGCCACACCAUUGUUGGUCCACUCUGGUUUGUGGAGACGGGCAGGAUCACUAGUGUAACAACUUCAACGAAUACAUUCCCCAAGAAUUAUUCCUACUGUUCCUUAUUGUUUCAGACGUUGCAAGCUUCAGCUCUCUGCAUUCUGCUUGGGAUUGCUCUGGCGGCCUGUCAAGCAGGUGCGUUCCGUGGAUUUGCAGGAAACCGCCAAACCCGUAACGGGAGCAGGGGUUCUGAUGAGAAAAAACAGCUAGUGUGCUACUACACUAACUGGGCCCAGUACCGGCCGGGCAAAGGCGUGUUCUUCCCCGAGGAUAUAGACGCGAACAUGUGCACUCACAUUCACUACGCCUUUGCCAUUCUAGUGGACGGUCUUCUGGCUCCCUUCGAGUGGAACGAUGACGACACCGAGUGGUCGGAGGGAAUGUACACUCGAGUGAACAAUCAAAAGCAGAAAAACCCUGCUCUGAAGACUAUGCUGUCUCUGGGAGGCUGGAACAUGGGAACCGAAACCUGGACUCUGAUGGUGCAAGAUGAAUCAUCGAGACAAAAAUUCAUUCAGAACGCCAUCCCCUUUCUGCGGAAGAGGAACUUUGAUGGUCUGGAUCUGAACUGGGAGUACCCAGGCUCAAGAGGCAGCCCUCCAGAGGAUAAGGCCAAGUUCACCUUACUGGUUCAGGAGCUGUUGAUCGCCUUCAAAAUUGAUUCCAGGUUAUCCGAUAAACCACGCCUUCUCCUGUCUGCUGCUGUGAGUGCAAGCAAGUCCACUAUUGACAGCGGAUACGAAGUAGCCCUCAUUUCAAAGGAACUGGACUACCUCGUCCUAAUGACCUACGACUUCUUCGGUGCCUGGAACCCUGUGACGGGACAUAAUAGUCCUCUCUACAUGGCAAGGGGUUCAACCUCGGAACUUAACCAGUACUCUAACGUGAAUUACGCAUCCCACUACUGGGUUGAAGAGGGCUGCCCCAAAGAGAAACUGUACAUUGGACUGGCAACGUACGGACGAUCGUUCACCCUGAGUGACAAGAGCGUCUCUGGUCGUGGAGCUCCGGCCAUCGGUGCAGGAAAUGCUGGCACGUACACCCAGGAGGCUGGCUUCUUGUCUUAUUACGAGGUGUGCGAAAUGAUCAAUGCCGGCGCCAAGGUAGAGUUUCUGGAGGAUCAGAGAGUUCCUUACCUUGUGCAGAAUGACCAGUGGGUGGGCUUCGAGGACGAAACCAGUAUCGCGGAAAAGAUUGCGUUCAUUAAAGACAAUGGUUUUGCUGGCGGCAUGGUAUGGGAUUACGACUUGGAUGAUUUCAGUGGAGAAUUUUGCGGCCAAGGACGAUACCCGCUCAUCAGUUUGAUUAGCAAGUCUUUGUUGUAAUCGUAACGCGACGCGUUACUGUUACAAGUAUGCCGAUUUCUUUCUAACAAAAUAAACUAUUGCACAAAUGGUGACAAUGACUCCCUGUUCCAUUUUUUGAAAAUCUUUUUGGCCAAAUCUUUAGCCCUGAUAAACAAUAUCAGGCAUUGUAUGUAGAAACGCUUAAAACACUCUUUACCCGAUAGCAAAGUGGAUCAUUUAGGAAGGUGACUUUUGGCUUUGCCUUUUGAGGCCCAAGUAAAAAAGUUUAACAGAACAGUUGGCGUCUUGCAACUGUUGUACCAAUCCCAAAACCAGGAAAAGAUCACUCUUACCCGUUUUCGCAAAAAUCACU